AUGGCCGACCUGCCCAAGGUCUCGCUCGCCGACCUCCUCUCCGGAACCGUGCCUCUCGUCGACAGUGGCGGCGUCCGUGGAGAAGAUGGCGGUGCUGGCAGCCAUCCUCGGCCGCGCCCCGCCUCCUCGGACCGCGAGCUCUUCCUGCACGGCGACGACUCGGCGCUGCCCGCGGCCGAGGCGGCCGCGUGGCGUGCCGCGGUGGACCGCCACCUGCAGGCAGGCACGCAGUUUGUGGACAGCGACUUCCCGGCGACGCAGCUGUCGAUCCGGGGAAAGGACGAGCCGGACGAGGAGGCGCGGCCGGCGCCGCCACCGGCCGUGGCGGCUGGCGAGGCCCCCAAGUGCCGCUGCGGCGUGCAGGCGACGCCCGCGACCGUGGGCAAGGAUACGCCAAACAAGGGGCGGCGGUACUUUCACUGCCCGACCCGCGAGUGCGGCUUCUUUGCGUGGGCCGACGGCGGAGAGGUGACCUUCCGGCGCGGCGGCAGCGCUGCCAAGCUGAGCUGGGCGCGGCUGCCGCUCGCGCUGCACGUAGUCUGCGACUCCGGCGCCCGCGCCGACGGCAGGGCGGAGGAUGACUCCUCAGCGGAGCACUCAAUGAAUGGCUCGUUAGGCUUCCGCGCCGAGGACCUGCGGCAGGGCGGCGUCGGCGACUGCUGGUUCAUGAGCGCGCUCGCCGUGGCGCGCAACGCGGCCGGCUGCCACUGCCUGCGCCUCUUCCUCGACGGCGCGUGGACGUCAGUCUGGAUCGACGACCAGCUGCCGGUGACGGCGGCGCCGCGGCGAGACCACCUCGCCUUCGACACAAAGCUCGCCUUUUGCCGCUGCGGCUCCGCGAGCGGCGAGCAGCAGCUGUGGGCGUCGCUGGUCGAGAAGGCGUACGCCAAGGCGCACGGCUCGUACCAGUCCAUCUCCGGCGGCUGGGUGGCCGAGGCCCUUCUCGACCUGACCGGCGCGCCCACCGAGAUGCAGUACCUCGGCGACGCCCGCUUCGACUCGGAGGCGACGUGGGCUCGACUCAAGGCUUACGCGGCGCUCGAGCUGCCAAUGGGGUGCGGCACGAACAACGCCGAGGGGAGCAACCUGAGGCAGGUCGGCCUCGUCGGCGGGCACGCCUACUCGAUCCUCGACGUGAGGGAGGCGGCCACCCGCGCGGGCGAGGUGGCCGCGCUUGCUGCUGCGCUGAGGACUCGCUGGCCACGAGUCGCUCGCGAGGUGGUCCGCCUGCUGCGCGUGCGCAACCCGCACGGCUGCACAGAGUGGAACGGCGACUGGAGCGACGCGUCCGACAAGUGGGCCGAGCUCGUCGGAGGCGUCGAGGGCGGAGGCGGCGCCUCGUCCCCCUCCGGCGCCGCCGCUCUGCCUCUGUGCCCCUACGGCGCCGCCUGCUACCGGCGCAGCUCGCAGCACCGCGCAGAGUACCGCCACCACCGGCUGCCGACCGACCAGGCUGCGCGAGGCGGCGGAGGAGGCGACGGGUUCGACCGCACGGGAGUGGACGACGGCACGAUCUGGGUCGGCUAG